AUGGAAGUUCCCAUUUCAAGGAGAAAUUUGAUUCGUUUUAUCUCUUUGUUGUUGGUGGUUUUGGUACUGAGCAAAUAUGGCAAUGCAGGGAAGGAACUGCAACAUGGGAGGAAUGUUCCUACAAGGAGGUUGCCCUACCAUGCUUUUGCUUGCGAAGGUUCCGUCCUCCACCUUGACUGCAGUGGUGACGGGGGUGUCAUCCGGGUGAUGCGCGCCACCUAUGGCAGGUUGUCAUUGGCAAUAUGCAAUGAUCGCACUGUUGCCAAUGCUAUGGAUUGGAAUACAAUAUGCAUGUCACGGCGAUCAAGGAGAAAAGUCCGCCAUCUUUGUCAGAGCAAAACUUUCUGCACUAUACCGGCUAGUAAUGAUGUGUUUGGGGAUGCCUGUCCUGGAACACCAAAAUAUGUUCAGGUUGAAUACAGGUGCAGAUGA